UUAAGGAUUGCUUUUCUAGUGAAACGGAUAAAUCUCGUAUAACUUCAAGUGCUAAGAAACCACUGAUAAUCACAAAACACAGUGAUAAAUUACUAAAUCUUAAACGCAGUGAGAAAUUUGAAGAAGUCAUCAAAGCUUACACCGCAACAAGUACUAAUAGCCUACGUAAAGCGAAAGAAAGGCCCAAGAAGCAGUUAGCCGAUAAUGCGUUAAAAUAUCGAGGAGAUAAGCAUGAUUCUAAAUUAAGUUCAGGAAAAAUGGCCUCGGACGAAGCAAAUCCAGCUGUGAAGCGAGUUUGUUCAAAAGAUCACAAGGCGCGAGAAAAAGCGUCGGCAGAAAAAUACGUACAAAAACUUAAACGACCAUUAAAAAGGAUUUCUGCUACUCAGAAAUACAUGUACACAUUUGGUGAAGUGGCAAGUGACGUAAUCGAUUAUAAAGGAAAACGAGAUAAUUAUACUGACGGUACUAAACGAUCUUUAUCAACGGAACAGAAUAAAAGCAAAAAGACAAUUUCGGAUGUUUUAAAGCGUCAAGAAAGUAGUGCAACUUCAAAAUCUUCUCAAUGGUCGGACGUUGAGAAACAGUUGAAAAGUAUUAGAUCUCAUAAGAAGCAAAUAAAUCAAUUGAUAACGAAAGAAUUGAGAGAUACGAAAAUUAGUUGGCAAGAGAUAACCAGCAACAAAAGCUUUGCUAACGUUAGAAAUAAAUUGAAUCAAAGUCAAGACUCUCACGUUGAAAAAUUAUGCGAAUCUUUAGAGAAAUCGACUCAAGAAGUCGAAAAUUUCUACCGUUCGUUUACGGGUUUGGAUAGUUUAAAAAAUGAUCAUGCAAGCAAAAUUGUCGAGCAACAUGAAAACGCCAAGUUUGCAUAUGAACGAGGAGACAAUAAUGAAAUAAUCUCGCUGGAAAAUUAUGCUGAAACGAUGGACACUUGUUAUAUCGGCGAUAACGCUCCAAAAGAAUUUCCUGGAGAGAAUGGUAUAACUUUAAAAAAAUCUAUUUUUAGCACGACGAAUGCAGGAAAAAAUUCGUCGAUUAACGAAACGUAUAGCAGUCCGACAAAAAGCAUGUACUCUGAUAUAGAAAGCACAGCCAACAGGUUUGCGGAUUUAAAUAUUUCUGCAAAUUUAUGUAGGAAUACCAAAACAAAUAAUAAUGAAACGAUAAAUUGUAAUGAAGAAGAUACAAAUUCAUUCAACGAAAGUAGAAAAUAUUCAAGAGCAGGUGGUUGGACAAAUACUCUUACAAAACAAAAUUGUGAUAGCUCUUGUCAGAUCGGCACAUCUAUUCCUGCCAAUUUUGUCAGAAAACUUCCAACGGAUAACCAUGCUAUUCCACAAUUAUGCAAAUCCGAAUACUUGAGAAAAUCCUGUGGUUUAAAUUAGUGAAUUUCAUUUUCUUUUUUGCUUUAAAUACUUUUCAUUCGAUUAACCUGUAUUACCCGUCGAAAUAUAAAGAAAAUUGAUAAUAAUAAUUA